GGCUCAGUAGUUGUGGCUCGCGGGCUCUAGAGCGCAGGCUCAGUAGUUGUGGCACACGGGCUUAGUUGCUCCGUGCAUGUGGGAUCCUCCCGGACCAGGGCUCGAACCCGUGUCCCCUGCAUUGGCAGGCAGAUUCUUAACCACUGCGCCAGCAGGGAAGCCCAAGAUUCAGUAUAUUUUACACUUACAGCAUAUCUCAAUUCAGUCACACUUCAAGUGCUCAAUUGCCACAUGUGGUUAGUGACUACAAUAUCUGACAGUGUAACUCUAAAAUUCUGCCCAGACUGAGUGUACUUGGUGAGGCACUAUUAUAUAUUUCCUCUAGGUCUCUGUACCCCGAGUCAAAGCCCUGAGAACAAUUUUGAAGAACGGGAAGGCCUGUGAGGUUUCAGCCAAAGAGUAAUCACUCCCUUCAGAUGCUAGACCUAGACAACUAACCCAAAACUGAUCUCAAACUUGCUGAUAAGACAGCUUUUAGCAAUCACAAAUCCACAAGUGCAUCACAGUCAGACACAUUUGACCCCUGGUGUCUCCAGAUUGUCCUCUGGCGCGCAGAACACCCGCUAAGAAAACCUGAUAAUUAACUAAUGUAACAGCAUCUUCAGAAGGCAGCCUGGAGGGGCCUUGGUGAAAAGUCAUCUAGUCCUGCCAUUCUGGUUCUGGUUGGGACCGGGAACCACUUGCCAUGUGGGACUGAAAGGGGCUAAAAAUAUUUGGCGUAGCAUCAGACACCUUGUGUUAGAGUCUAGCAUCAACAAGAAUCACAUGGGAGAAAAAUAUUGAGAAAAUUCUAUCCGUUAAUUAAACAUUUCCACAAACUAGGAAAAGACCACCUUUUAAGUUUUGCUUAGAGAAAGGAAACACGGGGUAUUCCAUGAAAGCAGAAUUUGAAAUCCAUAGGUAAGUGUUCAGUCACCUCAUACUGAGACCAGAAAAGGGAAGUGUUUGGACCAAGGUCAUUCAAAAAAUCCGUAGAAGUUAUGAUGAGCCCCUGCAUCCUUUCCACUACAACCCCACUGUCUCUACUAACUGAAAAAUAUUUUAAUUGGAGACACUAUGCCAUCUCCAAGGUUAUCCUAAAUUACCCUUCAAGAUGACCCGCUCUGGGAAGGAUGUGUCAGUGCUCCCCGUCUUCUGACUUAGGGGACCAGCCACCUUGAAUAGGAUUGUAGCGCCGCGAUCCCCCACCUUCUGGAAUCGUGGACGGAGGAGGCUACUGGGGCGGUUCUCUCGCCAACUCCACACCUUCCGGAGGCAGGCCUGGCCCAGCCCAGCCCCUCCGCUGUUUCCCAGUUCCUGGCGGCAGGCUGUGCUUAGGCGGUCAGACCCCCAGUGGGAGGCAAGCGGGGAGCCCCAAACGGAGGCCACACCCAAGAAGGCAGCUCACAGACUGUUAGCAACUUCGCGGGGAGUGGGGUCCGGGAUGCGAGUGGGCCGCAGGUCAGUACCCAAAGGGCCAGAGAGGACCUCUCGACCCUCUGACUGGGGGUGGGCAUCCCAGGAAGCGAUGGCUCGGCCAGUCCCAUACCUGUCCCCACGCCUCACACCCGCCCCGCCGGCGCCGGCCGGGACGGGCCGCCUCUCAGCAAUUCCUGGGGCUUAUUAGGCUCACUCUGGGUCCGGCAACGAACUGCUCCGGCCUCGCAGGGGUCGCUCUGGCCCCGCCCCCCGUCCCCCCGCUGACAGCCCGGGCUUGCUGGGGGUUGGGGGGGGGUCUCCCUGGGCUGGAGGACCUGCUAGUGCACUGGCGGCCCACAGCCCCGCAGCCUCGGUGCCGGGGAAAGAUGGCCUAUCACCUCAAAGCUCCGCCGGACCCACGCUGCGCCCCCGAGAGGCCGCCUUUGCUUCUGGGGCACCGCGCAGCCUCCCGGCCUUCGCACCGGGAACCGUUUCCGGGGCGAAUGCUUUUCGUAGCUAACCCGGCGCGGCCCGUGACGCGAAGGCCCAGACGGAAGUGCGGGCGGAAGAGCCGGAGCCCGAGCCGGAGCCCGACCGAGAGCAGGUCUCGGGGGCUCCGGCUGUGGGGACUGCUGGGGCUGGCAGCGAUGGCGACCCUGUGGGCCGGCCUCCUUCGUCUCGGCUCCAUGCUCAGCCUGUCCUGCCUGGCGCUCUCGGUGCUGCUGCUAGUGCAGCUGUCGGACGCCGCCAAGAAUUCUGAGGAUGUCCGAUGUAAAUGUAUCUGUCCUCCCUAUAAAGAUAAUUCUGGGCGUAUUUAUAAUAAGAACAUAUCCCAAAAAGACUGCGAUUGCCUUCAUGUUGUGGACCCCAUGCCUGUGCGGGGGCCUGAUGUAGAAGCAUACUGUCUACGCUGUGAAUGCAAAUAUGAGGAGAGAAGUUCUGUUACGAUCAAGGUUACCAUUAUAAUUUAUCUCUCCAUUUUGGGCCUUCUGCUUCUGUACAUGGUAUAUCUUACUCUGGUUGAGCCCAUACUGAAGAGACGCCUAUUUGGACAUUCACAAUUGAUACAGAGUGAUGAUGAUGUUGGGGAUCACCAGCCUUUUGCAAAUGCCCACGAUGUGCUGGCCCGCUCCCGCAGUCGAGCCAAUGUGCUGAAUAAAGUAGAGUAUGCCCAGCAGCGUUGGAAGCUUCAAGUUCAAGAGCAGCGAAAAUCCGUCUUUGACCGUCAUGUUGUCCUCAGCUAAUUGGGAAUCGAAUUCAAGGUGACUAGAAAGAAAUAAGGCAGACAAUGGGAAAAAAUUGACUGAGUUUUCCUGGGUUUUGUUUUAAUGCCCUGUUGAUUUCACUAACUCUUGCUGGAAAAUUCGAAACUGGAAACAAAAACAUGCUUGGUAUUUUCUUUUCUUGUUAAUGUAUUAAUGGAGGCAUUUUUUAAAGCACACGCCUCAAACAACGUUAGCCUUUUCCUAUUUGUGACUUUUACUAAUAAAAAUAUGUCUGCCUGUAAAUUAUCUUGAAGUCCUUUACCUGGAAAAAGCACUCUCUAUUUUACCACACAGUUUUAAUUUGGUUUUCAAGAUAAUUUUCAGGGGUGGUUUUUGUGUGGUGUUUUUUGUUUUUGUUUUUGGCAGAGUAGGGGAGGGAUACGUGGGAAGUGCUUAACAUAACUUUUCUCAAGUCACUUUAGUAAACAAUCGUUGUAAAUAGACUUUGCCUUUUAUUUUCAAGUUUCAUUUAUAUUUUGAAGUCUGCCAGCCUCAUCAAAGCCCUGACUUACCUAGUUGAAUUUUGCACUGACUAUAUUAUCUGGACAUCUGGUUGACCUGUGGCUGCACUUCAUGGUAAAUUGGAUCUGAAAUGCCUGGUGGCUCUUCAUAAGAUGCAGAUUUUCUUCAUGUACUGUGAUGUCUGAUGCAAUGCAUCCUAGAACAAAGUGGCCAUUCACUAGUUUACUCUAAUGAAUAAACAUAGUCUUGGUGUGUGGUCUUUCUCAUCUUCUUCUAGUAUCUUUAAGGAUGAAUCCUAAGGACUUGGACACUUGCAAUAAAGAAAUUUUCUUUUAAACCCAAGCCUCCCUGGAUUGAUGACGUACACAUAUUUGUCAGCAUCUCCAGUCAGGUUGAGAGGCAGCUGUUUGAGCUGUAGUGUGUACAGCUUUGAACUAGCACUGGAGUUCCAGUUGCCUCCCUCUGAAAGGUAUAGCAGUUAUUGGAUAACUGGCUUUUUUCUUCCUAUGUCCUCUUUGAAAUGUAACAAUAAAAAUAAUUUUUGAAAAA